AGGAAAAUCAUGCGAAAUGAAGAUAAUCAUGUAAAUUUAAAAUAAGAAGAUAUUGGAUUAUAAAUUUCUCUUGAUAAAUUUAGCUACAACAAACAAAGAUAUUGGACAUAUAUUCUCUUAACUGUUCUAUAUAACUCUGUUUUAGGUAUUAAAUCCGAGAUCUAGUUUCAUAAGCUUUGUAUUGUUGGAAAAUGUCAGCAACGCCUGACGAUGGAGGCCAUUCCCUUCCCUCGCCGACCACUUCUCUUCCCCAAACGGCGGAUACAGAAUCCAAUGAUCAGCAGGUCACUCUAAUUGGCCGUGCAAUUUACUAUAUUUUGGGAGUGUCCUCUCUAAUAUGUUUUUCCAACUCGAUUGGGGAUGUUUGGCCGUCCAAGAGAGAAGAUGGAACGCUCAUAGAGAUCCCAAACUCCAAAUAUGCAGCAGUGGUUCUCGCAUCUCUAUAUGCCAUUGCUCUAGCUCGAACGCUCUUCUUCGAUCGCCCACCUCGAUGCGACAAGAUUGGGCCAUAUGUAGAAGUGUUUUACUCAUUGUGCCUCUUUAUCACCGCAUUCGUUAUUGCUUUCACAUACCGUAGUGACCCUGACGUGAGGUUCUUUGCAAUGUCUGCGAUCACUUGUGCCAUCGCCAUUUUCCAGCUAACACAUCCGCUGGAGGAAUUUUACGUAGGGAAAACUUUGUUUGUUAUUGUAUGGACUGCUUUUGUUACUGAAUGUUUUAACGGAGGUAGCAAAGAUGUGGUUAUGGGAUUCAUUGGUGGGUUUUGUCUUGUGUCCAUAGGUAUUGCUUCCCAUUUAUCGAUAAAUGAUCUGACGCAGCGCCUCACACAGGUUUAGCAUCUAGGUUCUUCUUUAAAUCGAGAUCAUUAUACUUCUGGUGUUAUUAGGAUUUUGAUUUAUCUCUUAGUUAUUAUUUCCUUUUUAUGUCUUUAGACAAUCCUUUUUACAUCGGUGUUAGGAUCGACUUUAGCUUAGUAUCUAUAGGAACUAGCUCUUAAUGUAAUCGUUACCUUUUAUUGAAUAAUUUCAGCUUUAAAGUUCAUCUCUUUAGUUUGUUUU